AUUACAGACAGCGCAAUGUGUAAAUCAUCAAGGCCAAUCAUCCUAUUGGUUUUAUUGAAAUUUUGGUUGGCUCCGGUUUAGCGUUGCAUCGCUUCAUGUAGUGACGCGUACAUUUUAAAAUCUUAACGCUCAGUUGUUAUUUCAUACGUUAUUUUGUGUUAACUAUAAACAAGGUUUGGCUUUUAUAACAUCGUAUUAUUCAGAAAGUCCUACUAGUUCUUGUGCGAUUUUGGUUGUUGGUAUAGUUACACAUUAUGUCCUGUUGUUCUGUCAUGUUUGUUGUUGUUUUAACGUCCUCAAAUGGUCCACAUCACUACGUAACACGAGCUCCCGAUUUUGAGGAAGCCGACAUAGUAAAUUUUGGGGACAUGGCACCAAAACACCAGAAUUUCCCCAAACAUGGGGAAAUUCUCCCUUCAACCUUGAUUAAGGUCAUUUAACCUUGGGGAUUUCCCCCAAAUUCACCCAAACUUUGGUGAAUAUCACUUGACUUUGAAGGUUUCCCAUAAACUUUUUGGAGAUUGGGAAGAUUUGCACUAAUAGAUAAGUGAAAUGGCCCAAGCCGACCACUUUAAAUUAUAAUGUAUGUUAACUCUGUACAACAAUAGUUGAGCCCAGUUUAACGACGACCGUUUUUGAAUUGUUCCUCAAGUUCUAAUGCAGCAUACCUAACCCAUUAUUUUACGAUAGUUGGAUCCUCUUGGCUCCAGAAGUUGUAAUUAUCAGUUGUUAGUUUUAUGUUCACCUGAAGCACAGUUAUCCCUCAUUUAUUUCUGAGUUCCCUUACCCAACCGCUUGUCAUCACCUCUCAAACUAUUGCAUAACUAAUACCUAGAGCUCUUGACACCUGCGUUACUAAUGCAAAGUCACGUUUUUUUUCACUUGACUUUACUUGGUCUUUAGAAUGGUAAGUAUCCAUUCACCAGUGUGUUUUGGCGAUAUACCUUCUCUGAUGGUAUACUCAUGAUUAUUUCCGAAAACAAAACUAAAAUUGAGUAUUGGUGGAACAGUUCUUAAUUUUAAUCGAAUAGGAAACCCCCCAUUGAAACCUAACGCGUCUUUUAGUAACAUUCUCAGUAUUCUUCCGCAACAGGCGUUAUAAUAAUUAGACUUGGGACUUAUCGUUAUAAACUUAUUUCAUUCGUGAUGAGCAUCAGUCAGUCAGCUAUAACGUAGGACCAGGCACAUAUAUGCAUCGGUCCAAAUUGCCAUACACUGUUAGCGCAACAAGAUGAACACCAAUCAUAACUUUAUAAACAAGGCAUCUAAUCGACAAAAUCUGUUCACGAACAUAAUAAGCUGGUUUUGUAUUUCCCAACUUACGGUAGAUGCUUUAAAUCCUCAUGCAGUAUUAAAGUCAAAUAGAGCAAGCGUUUGCCUUUAUUUAUAGACCGGCAACAGUAUUUUUCGAUAUUUCACUGCCAAAUAGUGUUAUUUCAACCUAUUAUUGGUUAUUUCUGUUCAUAGCACUGCCAUGUCCAAGGGUUUCAUCGACAAACUUCGUAUUUUUGUCAGAGCUGGAAGUGGGGCCCCAGGUAGUCCACCAAUUAGAGGCCGAGGAGGCAAUGGUGGGAGUGUAUUUCUGGAAGCCGAUGAAAAUCAAACACUCCAAAAUCUGAUUUCGGCUAACCCGACGAAACGUUUCACGGCUGGACAUGGAACAGAGGCAAGUAAACGCCGUGGUUUAGUUGUUGGUCUAGAUGGUGAAGACUUGACUAUUCGUGUUCCUGCUGGAAUAACUGUAUUGUUUGGAGGUCAAGGGACAUCAUCAUCUAAUGGAUCAGAACAACGAAUACUUGGAAAUUUGGAUCAAGUCGGUCAAAAAUUACUUGUAGCACAAGGUGGUGUGGGUGGCUUUCACCAAAAUGGGUAUAUUGGCUCACCAGGUCAAGCUCACAGUAUCGUCUUAGACUUAAAGCUUAUGGCUGAUUAUAGUUUGGUUGGAUUUCCUAAUGCUGGUAAAUCCAGUUUAUUAAAAGCUUUAUCUGGUGCACCUGCGAAAAUUGCCAAUUAUCCUUUCACUACAAUCAAACCACAAGUUGCCAAAUGCAUAUACUCAGAUCAUCGUAAGAUAAGUAUAGCAGAUUUACCAGGUCUCUCUGAUAUUUAUGCUCAUUAUGAUGCACAGAUAAAUCAGAGUAGCAACGAUCAACCUGAUUCAAAUGCAUCUUUACCGAGUUUAAGACAUACGAACUUUUUAAAACAUGUUGAACGUAGUUCAUGCAUACUUCUUGUGCUAGAUUCACUUGGAUUUUGUAGAGAUCAAUUUAGUUCUAGGCGUAAUGCAUUAGCUGUUGCUUAUUUAGUUUUAAAUCAAAUGGAACGAUGGUCUAAUGGUUUACUUCUUGAAAAACCAAUGGCUUGUAUUUUGAAUAAAAUUGAUACUACCGGUGCAAUGGAUGAAGCUUUAGAAACAAAAUAUUGGCUUGAACGUAUGGAUUCAUCUGAAGCAAAACAACAUUCACAACUUCCUCCAAAAUUGUUACCUAGUCUUACACCCAAAUUCGAAUCGAUCGAGCUGGUCUCUGCUUUGCAUCACACAAAUAUUCCAGAAUUGAAAGAGUCAUUGCGCAACUGGCUUGAUCGAAUUGAAUUAAGAAAGCGUAAAGACAACACAACUGUACAAAUAAAAUCGCAACAAAUGAAGGAAAAAAGAUUCUUAAGUGACAUCCAACCAACCUACUAUUAAGGUCUCUUCUGAUUCAUUUCUUUAGUUUCUUCAGUUUCAUAUCUGUACUACUUUCGUUACUUAUGUGUGCACGUUAUUAAUUGUAUAUAGAAAUCAAUUUUCUUUGGGAUAUAAAACAGAGGGAUAGUUUUAUAUUCCCUUAUAGAUAUUACAUUUACCGUUGUUUGCUUGUCCGAUAUAUACAAAGAGAUACUUCGUAAAACUUUUUG